GUCAAAAUACAAUCUCUUGUAAAUACUCUUCAAAGGAGAUAGAAAAGUUAGAUUAAAGAUGGCGGACGCGAGCAAAUGGAAAUUUCGGGGCGAAGGAAAUGCAUGUUUGGUGCUUGUAAAUCUAGAGGAAAAGAUGGUGUACAGACUUGCCAAAUCAAAAUACUGGGGUAAAGGUCAUUUGUUAACAAAUGCAGAGGAUAAAAUGGACAGGAUACAUGAAGAAUUGCAAUUAGUUGUUGAUUAUAUGAAGAACGUCAUGCAGCCAUUGCUGUCACCAUAUUUUGUUAUUCUCCCAGAACUUCGUUUGCUUGAAGGUCGACUGACACAAGAAGCUGAGUAUCAAAUAAAAACAUCAAGACCAGCUCAGAGGAAAGGAAAAGAUGUUGAGCACAGUACACUUGACCCCACAACAUUAUCGGCUUUAGUGAUGCCAGACUUGUGCUACAUCAGAGAUUCACACUUGUACCCAAAAUGUUCAUAUCCCAUACUAAGUGUAGAAAUCAAGCCAAAGAAAGCUUUUAUGCAUGUCCCGGACUCUUUGAGUGUAAAAUCAGAAGAAAAUAGUCAAGUGUGCAAAUUUUGUAUGCAUCAAAGAUUAAAGGCAAAAGAGGGUCAGUGGCCAGUCACUAGCAGAUAUUGCCCGUUAGAUCUUUUCUCUGGAAACCGAGUACGUAUGAAGCAAGCACUUUUAUCAUUGGCAGAAACUCCGCAAAACAACCUCCGUAUUUGCCAGGAUGGUGAGGAAAUCCAUGGGGCAUGGAAUAAAGAAGAUAUGAGUGAGGUGCUGGGAGGGUUCUUUGGCUCUAGUCAUAAUGGUAUUUCAAAUGGCCUUCACAAGGAUCACAAGUUAUUACAGACUUUCCUUGACCUUGUCUUAGAGGCAUUGUUGUUUGUUCCGCAAGAUGUAAAUGAUUCUCUGUUUGAAAUGCCCAGCUUAUAUCCACACACAGUGCAAUAUUGUCAAAAUAGCCGUUACAGGCCUGAUCUUCAGACUGAUUGUGAUAAUUGUGGUGAUUUACCCACUGGUUGUGUUCUAGAACGUAUAUUUUCUACUCAAAAACUUGACAGCCUCGAUAUUGAUGGCAUAUAUCCCCUCUACCUCAAGUUAAAGAAAUACAUCAAUGACUCACCUGCUCUAAGACAGAGAUAUUGUUUGGACGGUCCAUACCAAGAUGAUGAUUGGUUACAGGCUUGUUCCCAGCUUAACUGUGAUGAUGAAGAAGAUGAUCUGAUUAUCAAAGAUUCUCAAUGUAUUAGAUCAAUGGUUAAUAAGGUGAAGAGGUUUCUAGUGUCAAAAACAGUCCAGGAUUGUUCCAUUAUGGUGGCAUUACAAAGAGUCCCAGACAAUUACAAUGAAGAUGAAGGUGGACAACUCUUGAAGGAUGUUCAUGGUCGGCUGUUCCAUUUCUCUGUUAGUAUAGUUGACCUUGACCCGAAACCAUUCUGCAAGAUACCGAACUACUACAAACAAGUCUAUGAGAUCAUUAAUGCAUACAGGGAGGCUUGUACCGGAGAAUUCUCGGGCACCGUCGAUGAAACAUAGUGCUUCAUUAUUAUUUUUUAUAUUAAAAAAAAGAUCUAAAAAUGUAAAUACUAGUUUAUUUAUCAGAAUCUUUGAUAGCAGCUUUAUCUUGAAGAAUUCUCAACACCAAAUUGUAAACUUGGUACAAGAAUGCUGAUCUCAUCUCAGAUUAGAUCUUUGCAUAAAUUUGGUGCUUCUUCUGUUCAGUGUAUGUUAGGUACUACACAAUGCCCUCUGUCUUGCCUUUUAAUGAUUACAAAAGAAAAAAGUGCUAGGGAUCUUAUGUGCUAUAAUGACAUUUUUUUUGUUUUAGAGUAAAAAAAAUGGUAUUAAAUUAAGUAAUAUUGUUUUCAAAAUUUAAAGAAUUCUACAUAUAGUAGAGUGCUAAUAUAUUUAAGGUAGUGAAAUAUUGUUUUUUUGUUUUUCUUCAUUGCCAGGAAGUAUUUAUAUUGUAGUAGAGUUAUGGCCCCAGUUCACUGCCCUUAGAUGGUUUGUUGAUGUUAUUUUUUAACAAGUUGUUUAAAUUUACACCUGCUAUCAUGUACAAUUUUCUUAUUGUAUAUAACAACAAUAAAUAGUAUGAGAGGAACACUUUUUAGUUCAAUGGAACUGUUCAAUGAAAAAUGUAAUGGACAAUUUUUUUAUAUUAAUCCU